AUGUCCACGGGAGACCAAUACGAAGAUGCUGACUGCGUGUGUUCCAAUGGAAUGAAAAUCGCUUGGGACAUUAACGAUCCCAAACUGCCUCAGGAUGUGAAGCAAUUUGACACGUUUCAGGAAUGGACGGAUGGUUACGUGAGAUAUAUUUAUGUGGCCGACGAUAAAAAUGCGCAGAGGCACCUGAGUGGCUGGGCGAUGAGAAACACCAACAACCACAACUGCCAGAUCCUGAAGAAGUCUUGCCUGGGAGUGGUGAUUUGCUCCAGUAACUGUACACUCCCCGGCGGGGGCAAACUGCAACUCAGGCCCGCGAUUUGCGACAAGGCUCGCCAGAAGCAGCAGAAGAAAAUGUGUCCGAACUGUAACUCAGGAUUGGAGUUGGUUCCAUGUCGAGGUCACAGUGGCUAUCCAGUAACUAACUUUUGGAGACUUGAUGCCAAAGCCAUAUUUUUCCAGGCCAAAGGAGUUCAUGACCAUCCAAGACCAGAGAGUAAAUCAGAAACAGAAGCAAGGAGAAGUGCUGUUAAAAGAAGACUUACCUCUCCACAUUACACACAUAAGAAGAGGCACAUGGAAUCAGAGAUGGGUCGAUACCAUGAUGGGGGUGGCCCCUUCAACAGCCUCCACCACUUGCCUUGCAUGGAAGCUCCAGAUAGAUAUGGCAUUAUAGCAGAACCAAACUUUUCCAUUCCAACGCACCACUACUCCCAUUUUCAAAAUACAGAGCCUUACAAGUCGAGUUAUGAUCCCAGCAACAACAUGGGAGAGAUGACUUCACCACUUCAGAAGGUCUGCAAUCCAAGGAUCUAUAUGCCUCGAGGUUCAUGUGGCUAUGAUUUUGCUGUGCCUGGUUACAUGGGUUCUAGCACUUAUCCAGCUCUUUACAAAGAUACUGGUAAUAUACAGCCUGAGGUUGACUCAGGAAAGAUGUGCAUGCAGCUUAAUGGAUCUCAGCAGGGCUCUUUGAAUGUUCAUGAUCGGAACUUAGAUGUGCCAAAUAAACAUCAUGGAUGGAAGCAAAUAUUGAAAGGAUAUGGGAACGACUGUGGACACAUCACACCCAAUUCCAGUCAUUAUUACAAUGGGGAAUACCCUUGCAGAUUAGCUGGUUCUGGAUCUACUCCUCCAGCUUUACAAACUAUCAUAACCACAACUACCAAGGUCUCCUAUCAAACUUACAAACCUAUGAGCAAGUUUGGUGAUAACAUCUGUGAUGCUAAAAAUCUUCCAAACUGCAACCAUUUGGCAGAAAUCAUGCCUCCUUCCAUAUAUCCUGAGACAAAAUUCCAAGAGGACAAUGGUGUGAUCAAGUCAUCCCUAGUCUAUCAACAGGAAGGAACGUCUAAAACAGACCGGUCUGAAGGGCUGGAAAACUACAGAUAUGGAAGUUGUCCCACAAAUUCCUACCCUGAUCGAUUAGUUCAUUCCUUCAGAUAUGAGACUGGAGAAUACUAA